UAGUGUAGUUUUACAAUAAAGUGGGUGGGGUUGCCCUGGUGGUAUGUUGAUGUGCAUGUUCAUGUGCUGCCAUCUAGAGUUUCAACAUAUGAUACGUAUAAUAUAAUAUGGCUUGAGUUACUUAAAAAUGUGGUCACUUAAAUCUAAAUCUGCUGUUUAAUUUGUAGCCGUGUAGCCACUAGAGUUGCUAUACUCCUUUCUUUGCUGUGUAAUGUCUACAGAUCAAAAAGAUCUGCAUGUUAGUGCCAAGUGUGUCAAGAGGGUGUAAGUAGGCCAGAUGGUCGCAGCUGCUAGUAUAGCAAAACAAGGUCAUGAAUCUUAACCUAAAAGCAAGUGCCCCCUCGUACCCCAUUCUUAAAGGCCAGAGUGGCAUAUACACCCACAGUAGUCCAGCAGGCUUAACGAAGAUCAUAACAUUUUCAAAAAUAUUUUGCAGAAGAAGAUAUCGCUGGUUGGUCCCAUGGCGGUUGCUGGUGCCAGUAGGCAAAUGGCCACUAACCUACCUUUUGAAGACUAUAGUGUUUACGGUCACUUAUCUGAGGAAGAGUUGAUUCAUCUGGCCAUUGAACGAAGCCUUACAGAUACCCAUGGCGGAUCUUCACAAGCUGCACAACCCGCUCAUCAGUCUGCAAGUUCACCUGCACAAAUUCAGUCAGAGGCAGAGUAUGAUGGCAUGUCAGCAUUUCGUGAGGCCCGCAGAGAAUAUGCAUCCAGGAGACGGGCCGCAAUGGGCACUCAGACUGUUAAUCCCUGCAGUGAAGGCCAAAAGAGAAGUGAGCAUUCCUAUGCUGGAGACAGGGAGAUGAUGCGGGCCUGGAAAAGAAGAAAUGGAUCUUUGGAGGUUACAGUGACAACUUUGGAUGAUCCAGUAUCCAAGUUAAAUUCAGCUAUCUGGAAGAAUGAUGCCAAAACACUGAGUGAAAUUCUAGGGACAGAGCCUGCUUUGAGUCUGAGCAAAACAAAUAAGGAUGGUUGGAUACAUUUGCAUGAAGCUGCAUACUGUGGUGCUUUGGAGUGUUUGAAGGUGUUACUAAAAGCUUUUCCUCAGCAAGUCAACACACGAAGCCACAGGAACCAAACCCCUCUGAUAUUGGCUGUUGGUCGUAAACACCUUUCAUGUGCCCAGUGUCUUCUUGCAGCUGGAGGAGAUCCUAACAUAGCCAACACAUCAGGAGAGACAGCUGUAAUGAAAGCUUGUGAGAAGGCAAAUAUAGAGAUGGUGGAGCUUCUUCUGAAAGCCGGAGGCAAUGCUACUCGGAGCAAUCUUGAGGGAUGGACACCUUUACACGAAGCAGUGGGAACCAAAAAUGUCAGCAUGUGUAAGCUACUGGUGGAAGCUGGAGCAAAGAUGUGGGCCAAAAAUAUUUACGGUAUUGAGCCACUGUUCACAGCUGCCCAGGCAGGAGCCACAGAAGCUUUGAACUUCCUGAUUCGACAUGGAGGAAAUAUUGACACUCAAGUUAACGAUGGAGCAUCAGCUUUGUAUGAAGCAUCCAAGAAUGGUCAUGAAGAAGUGGUUAAGCUACUUCUGUCCAAGAGAGCAGAUUUGAACAAAACAACGAAAGCAGGAUUAACUCCUCUUCAUGUUGCAUCAAAGAAUGGACAUUUGGGAGUUGUGUUUUUGCUGCUUCCACGCACCAACAGAGCAGUUGUGAGACGCAGUGGUAUUAGUCCACUCCACCUUGCAGCAGAGCGUAACAGAGAUGGGAUCUUGGAGGUUCUCAUUGAGGCAGGCUUUGAUGUCAACACCCAGCUGUCCAUUGACUGGUCUAAAAUGUAUGAGGACCGUCGCACCACAGCACUCUACUUCACGGUGCGCAGCAGCAACGUAGAAGCAGCCUCCAUGCUGUUAGAGGCUGGUGCUGACCCAAAUCUGGAUGUCUUCAACCCUCUUCUGGUAGCCGUGAGGAAGGGUAAUAUGGAGAUGGCAUCCUUGCUGAUGGAGCAUGGUGCAAAUGUGAAUGCCUGCUUGCCAACACACCCAACCACCUUCCCAGGGGUGCUCCUCUUCUGUAUGAAGUAUAGACUCAUGUUCAAGCUCAUUUUGGAUAAUGGAUGUGAUGCCAAUGCUUGUUUCACUUGUGUUUAUGGAAACGGCACACAUCCUCCAGUCGAGAGCAAACGUUCCACAAGGGAUGAUCUGUACCUACAUGGGCUUGACACUCCUCAUACCACAACAGUACAGUUCUGUGAAGUGUUGGCAGAUCCUUUUCAUUCCCCAUGGGCUGGACCUAUAAUCGAUCUCCUCUUAGAUUAUGUGGGUCAUGUGAAAUUGUGUUCAAGACUCAUUGAACUUCUGGACAGAAACAAAGACUGGGAAUACAUCAAGGAAAAAGCAAGGCCACCUUUCUCCUUGAUGCACCUGUGCCGACUGAGGACCCGCCAGCUGGUGGGAUGGCAGAGACUGAGGAGAAUGUCCAGCCUUCCUCUGCCUGGACGACUCAUCAAGCACUUGUUCUAUGACAACAGAGAGUCUGAGGAUUUCUUGAAUUGUAGUUUAGACUAGACUAAGCGCAUACAGGUUCACUUCCAGUUGCAGAGAAAUGGUAACCUGACGAGCCAGACCCACAUUAAAAUGUAUGGUCUGGGGACUGACAUUAAAAUGUAGGGUCUGGGGACUGCAGUGCUCAGUCCGAGGGGCGGGAUAAUCGGUUGUCUUUCAAAUUCCCUCU